AUGCCUUUGGAAGAUACCAUCUACUGUGCACAGCAAAUCAACAUUCCAGCUGAGCUGCCCGAGCUCCUAAAGCAGUACACCAAGGCUGCUAUCAGAACACAGCCCAAGGACAUUAUUCAAUGGUCCGCCGCGUACUUCUCGGCGCUUUCUUCUGGCGAUACUCUUCCCGUCAAGCGACGACUGGAGCCCUUCAGCUCGGACGGAAUCACAAUGGGCAACCUCGAAGUCCUCGUCCAACAGUACAAAGGCCAGGAGCAAGAAGUAUCAAAGAAGGAUCUCGAGCAGAAGUGGGUUGAUUUGGGACUCCCAAAAGAGCAGCUUGCCGAGUUCUGCAUAACUGGCAGUUUUGGUGAUGUUCUCAAAUUCGACAACUUCACCGGCGUCGCCUGUCUUCACAUUGGUCAACAAAUUUCGGAAGCCCUGAAGCUUAUUUGCCAACUGUUGAGCAACGAUCCUCCAGGAUAUGCCGAAAGAAUCGAGUACCAAAGAUUUGCUGACAUUUACACAUUUUUGGCUGGCCUUAGUGGAAUCCCAAGCGCUCAAGUAGAAAUGGUGCUGCAUUAUCUCAACCAAGAAGCCGGUAAACAAGGCGGUAUGGUGAUGCCUCGAAACCUUGCUACGGCCGAGUGCCCCUCCCUAGGAUAA